AGCCAGGUUGGCUUGGGCAGAAAAGUGAAAAGACAAUGCUCUACUUUCACCGAUGUCAGCAUCUGAAACAAAUAACACAGAAAUGUUUUUCUAGUAUACAUGUUAAAACAAAUGAACAUGUACAGCUAAUUCUUUCAAGAAAAUUUGCACUUACAGAAUUAAAGAAGUCAUGGCUUUCAACUCACACUCUUGUUGGAGACAAAAAUAUUAUCCUGAUGGGACCUCCUGGUGCUGGGAAAACAACAGUAGGCAGAAUAAUAGGUCAGAAACUAGGUUGUUGUGUCAUAGAUGUGGAUGAUGAUAUCCUUGAAAAAACCUGGAAUAUGAGUGUGUCUCAGAAACUACAGGAUGUUGGUAAUGAGCAAUUUUUAGAAGAGGAAGGAAAAGCUGUGUUAAAUUUCUCUGCAUCAGGAAGUGUGAUUUCCCUCACUGGGUCCAAUCCAAUGCAUGAUGCUAGCAUGUGGCAUCUGAAGAAAAACGGAAUAAUUGUAUACUUGGAUGUACCUCUAAUGGAUAUAAUUAAUCGUCUGAAAUCAAUGAAGAUAAAUAGAAUUGUAGGUCAGAAUUUUGGAACACCUAUGAAAGACUUACUUACAUUUAGAAGACAGUAUUAUAAAAAGUGGUACGAUACUCGUGUUUUUUGUGAAAGUGGGGCUUCUCCAGAGGAGGUAGCUGACAAAGUGCUGAAUGCAGUUAAAAGAUACCAAGAUGUGGAUUCAGAAACAUUCAUUUCAACAAGACAUAUUUGGACUAAAGACUGUAAGCAGAAGAAUUCAACAAAAUUCUUUAGUGAAGCUGUGAUUGAAGGGUUGGCUUCUGACGGUGGACUCUUUGUUCCUGAGAAGGAGUUCCCAAAAUUAAGCUCUGGGGAGUGGAAAGGCCUAGUGGGAGCAACCUAUGUAGAAAGAGCACAAAUUCUGUUGGAAAGGUGUAUACAUCCUGCUGACAUACCUGCUGCUAGAUUAGGAGAAAUGAUUGAAACUGCUUAUGGGAAAAACUUUGCUUGCUCUAAAAUUGCCCCUGUCAGGCACCUUUCAGGCAACCAGUUUAUCCUGGAGCUGUUUCAUGGACCAACAGGAUCAUUUAAAGAUUUGUCUUUACAGCUUAUGCCUCAUCUCUUUGCACACUGUAUUCCACCAAACUGCAACUAUAUGGUACUUGUAGCUACUUCAGGAGACACAGGGAGUGCAGUCUUAAAUGGUUUUAGUCAUCUUAAUAACAAUGACAAGAAAAGAAUAGCUGUGGUCACAUUUUUUCCUGAGACUGGAGUAAGUGAUUUUCAAAAGGCACAAAUAAUUGGCAGUCAAAAAGAAAAUGGAUGGGCAGUGGCUGUCAAGUCAGAUUUUGAUUUUUGUCAGACAGCUGUUAAAAGAAUUUUUAAAGAUUCUGAUUUUACUGGCUUUCUUCUUAUUGAAUAUGGAACAAUCUUGAGUUCAGCUAAUUCUAUAAACUGGGCCCGACUACUUCCCCAGGUCAUUUAUCAUGCUUCUGCGUAUCUUGAUCUUGUUAGCCAAGGAUUUAUUUCUUUUGGGAGCCCAGUAGAUGUCUGUAUUCCCACAGGAAACUUUGGUAACAUAUUAGCAGCAGUUUAUUCCAAAAUGAUGGGAAUCCCUAUUCGAAAAUUUAUUUGUGCUUCUAAUCAGAACCAUGUUUUGACUGAUUUUAUUAAAACAGGACAUUAUGACCUAAGGGAAAGGAAAUUAGUGCAAACCUUUUCACCAGCAAUAGAUAUUCUCCAAUCUUCAAACUUGGAACGACAUUUAUACUUCAUGGCUAAUAAAGAUGGACAAUUAAUGACAAAGUUGUUUAAUCAAUUAGAAGAUCAGCAUCACUUCCAGAUAGAAAAGAUUCUAGUUGAGAAGCUUCAGCAGGAUUUUGUAGCAGACUGGUGUUCUGAGGAAGACUGCCUAGCAGCUAUUAACUCUACCUAUAAUACUUCGGGGUAUAUCUUGGACCCACACACUGCUGUUGCAAAAGUGGUUGCAGAUAGAAUACAAGACAGAACUUGCCCAGUGAUUGUCUCAUCUACAGCUCAUUACUCUAAGUUUGCACCUGCUAUCAUGCAGGCUUUAAAGAUUAAAGAAAUCAACCAUACUUCAUCAAGUCAGCUUUAUUUACUGAGUUCAUACAAUGCUUUACCUCCACCACAUGGGGCUUUAUUAGAGAGAACAAAACAGCAGGAGAAGAUGGAGUGUCAGGUCUGUAAAGCUGAUGUGAAUGUCCUGAAGAGUCAUGUGGAAAGAUUCAUACAAAAUCAGUUCAGAUGAAAGUUUUCUGAGUAAGAUAUUUCUUUUUUUCCUGAUGAUAAGCAUGCAAUAAUAAAUAUCUCAAAAGUUGAUCUG